ACCAGCCUCGCAACGUGCGCGCACACGUCGCCGGUGUCCCAGGAACGGGGAUGACGCUGCCCGAUAAGUGGCGACCUUGAAAGAGACAAAGAGAGCGGUUCGCAAAUGGCCCGCACAGGUGCAAGGGGAAACGCGCGGAACCGAGCCCUUCCGAAGAAGCGAGCCGUUGCCUCUGCUCUGCAUGGAGACGCUGCCGCAGAAGCGUGGAGGCCCCGAGGCCCCCUGUGAAAGAUCGUUCGGGCGGGCAAACACUCGGCGGUACGCGGUGCGCUGCGGCUUCGGCCUGCCGGCGGGCAGGGAGAUCCACUUGCCCCCCCCCCCCCCCCCCCUUUGCCCCUUCGGGGGCAUUCCUCGACACGGACAUUGGCUCCUCCUUUCUCUACGAGGGGCCUGGUUGCAUAAAAGGGCCCCGAGUCCGCCGGUAGAAAGAGUGUUCCUCAAACCUGCCCCGUGGAACAGACGGUCCGUUUUCCGUUUCCUGAGCACUUGGAUCUUCAAACAGCCAUGAAAGCAGCGUUCUUCGUCAUCCUGUCGCUGGCGCUCGCAGCAGCAGCCUUCGCUACCAUCGGCGUAGGUCUGAACCUCGGCUAUGGUGCCGCUUCGCCGUAUGGUGGAUAUGGUGGAUACAGACCAUACGGCUACAGGCCCUACGGCUACGGUGGUUAUGGUUACGGCUACAGACCCUACGGCUACGGCGGCGUCGGUUACGGUUACAGGCCAUACGGCGUCGGCUACGGCUACCCCGGCUACGUUGGCUAGUGCACUGCCACCGCAAUGUGCACGUUU